UCAACUCGUCAUUUAUGGCGGAAAGAAUGAGAGAGAUACGGAACAUGUAGUCUGUUUGUUUGUACUUUUCUCAGCUGUUUCUCACAAAACCCUAUUCGAAAUGGGUAAUCGAUUCAGCAGACAACAUGAGGGAGUCGAGGAUAUCGACGUUUCUUCAAACCCUUAUCGAUAUCCCCCUCUUUCAGGAAAGAGCUACUUCGCCGAUUAUUUUCUUAUGGGAGGAUCUAGGUUUGAUACGCCGCAGCCGGAGGCGUACCUUUUUGGAGAAAAUAGCGACUUGAAUCUACUAAACCCGAAACCAGUUUCGUUUCCAUAUCCACAGCCACCAAGUAAUGAACCAACAAAGACACUUAGAAGUCUUGUGAAUUUAAGAAAAGAUUCACUCAAGCUAGUGAAGAGCUCAGAUCAAGAGAGCUACUCAGUUGAAUUUGUUUUUGAUGCUGAUGUGAAAUGUGCUGUAACAGUCCACUACAGGGCAACUGAAGACUUGUCCACAGGCUUAGCCAUUUACACAUCUACGGAGCCUUUCUCGUCGUCAUCCAAGACACGUUUUCCAAAAGGUUCUGGUCAGGUGUAUAACAGUGCUCCUAAACACAAAAUUAAACCCAGUAUGUUUACUGAGGAGGAGUUGAACUAUUGCCCAAUAAAUCAUUCCCACAUUCCAGUAGUGAUUCAGAUUGAUGCCGAUGAGGAAGAUUAUCUGGGUCAUUCAAACAUCACACUGGCAACAUUUGAAAAAAUGUCUGAUGGAUCAUACAUUGUAAAACCCAUCAAGCAGAAACAAAUGGUUGAUGGCCUGUGCUACCUUCUUCAAGAGAUUUAUGGAAUUGAAAAUAAAAUUAAUCAGAAGAGUGGCAAGGAUGAAGAUAAUGAAUUAGAAGAGACUGGUUUGGAAUGUGUGAUCUGCAUGAGUGACAUGCGAGACACCUUGAUCUUACCCUGCAGACAUCUAUGUCUUUGUAGAGAUUGUGCUGAAUCACUUAGAUAUCAAGCAAGUAACUGUCCCAUAUGUAGAUCACCGUUUCACGCAUUGUUACAAGUUUGUGCUUUCAUCAAGAAACAAAAUGGUUCAACUACUCAGGAGAGCGCAUGGCCUGGUUACGAAGAGAUUCCUCUUGUAGAAGCAUUAAAUGGAACGAUUAAACCAGACAACAUACCAGAAGAAGCUGCAGCACGCAUGCGCCGGAGGUCAGCGUCAAGUAUUCGCUACUCUGGUCGGAGACGAGUCGAGAGUGCUCGCAAUCACCGGUACGUUGAACGAUCUUUGUCUGCAUGCUCGGGGAUGUCUCGGCCUGGAACAGCUCCUGCUAGUAGAAGCAGAGUUGAACAAGCGGAGGAACCUAGUAGAAUUGAACCAGUUGAAAGACAGGAGGCUUCUCUAGAGACAAAAGACAUGGUCACGCUAAUUGGAGGCACAGAAAUCGAAGAAGCAACUUCAGUGCAUGAGGAUGAACAAGCAUGUCCAGUAUUCACGGGGAAACCAGAAGAAGACGAAGAUGCACAGGACCUCCAAGUACACGUCGACGUGUCCUUACCCGGCACACCGCUGAGUAGUGAUAUCAGCGGGCGCAGCAGCCUGAGUGCCGGAAGUGUUUCAGCUACUACGCCUACGUAUAUCCGGUUAGAGGAAGGGACUGGAGAAGCUACGGUUACCACUAUACCUACAUAAUUUUCUAUGAUAUUUAAAUUCUCGGAAUUCGGGGCAGAAGGGUAGCAUAACUUGUCCCUUAGCUGUAAAACAGUUUCUUGGUUUCACAUGAAAAUAAAGCGUGUUCGGCAGUCAGAAAAUUAUUCUAUCACAUCGUGUUACCAUCAUAAUUCUUGAGAACGAACCGUAAACAGGGUAACCGGUAACCUUUUGUUCUUUUCAUGGUAACCGUAGAGCUAUUCAGGCUAACCGGACACGGAGUACUACACGUCGUUGAAAAAUAGUGAACUUUGUUACGGUUAGCCUAAAUGGCGCACCGGUUAGCCGGUUUACGGUUAGUUCUCAAUUGUAUUGGUAACACGAUUAAUAGUUAGUCUGCCGGACAUGCAGACGCAGCGGGGUUUUUUUAAUUGACAGGCAAUGAAACGUUUCAACGGUGCUACAAACUUUUCACUGGAUGCCUCUGGGAGAAAAGAUCAUUAACUAUUUGCUCCCUUUGAAAACUUAAUUAUGAUGAAAGUAAUCCGACAUUUCAGUUUGCAGAAUGACAAAAAGCAAACAGUACCCCUUGAAAGUGCUGCUUGACAGCUUUCAUUUAAAUGGUCACACACUAGGGUUUCAUCCACAGACUUUAACGUUUGAACCACCUUGCACAGCAUAAUAAACAGUACCACAUGAAAUUACUGCUCAAUAGUUUUCAUUUGAAUGGCCGCACAUAGCAUUUCAUUCAUAGGUUUGAAAGAAAGUAAGGACUAUAUUUUGUUAAGGUUUGCCAGAUAACUUCCUUUUUCGUAACAGAUUCAGUUUAGCUACGAGGAUAUUUAGGUCGACUAUCAAGAACUGUUUUGCAGCUUACUUGUUGUCAUCUUUUUAUUUUACCCCCAAAAAAGCAGUCGAAAAAUUGCGAAUAUGCAAAACUAUGUUUUACAGCGAUUCUAACCUGGUUUAUUGACAAUGUUUUCCCAUGUAAGACAACAUAUAUUGUCUAGCUAAUCUUUAUUAUUUUUUAACAUUUUCAAAGUAUUUUUUAGCCCAACCUUAAGUUUCGUAUUUAAGGCUAAUGGAAACUGCUCUCGAAUCUCCGUUGCAAAUGAAAAGAGCAGGGUUAGCUUCGUUUUAAGAAUCUUUCUCCAAACCCUUAUAACGAGACUUCACAGGAAUCAGAAUUAUCCCCCACCCCACCCCCCUCCCAACCAAGGACACGCAUACGUUAGAAUAGAGGCGUUUAAAUUUCACUGCUUGUUUAAAUAAUUAUGCCGAAGCAGUCAUUUUGAUUGUAACUGUGUGUAGGUAAUUAGAUAGUUUAAUCAAUGGCAACUUGGUGCCUUGCACUAAAGAAUCCAAAGAUGGCGGCUAAAGGUAGCCACCAUGGGUAAGAAGUACUGAUGUAACAAUGGCUGUAGAUUGAAUCACUAUUCGCUAAGUAGGGGUUUAAGACCAAUUUUAGAAUGAGAGAAAAUGUUAGUCUCCUUAGAAGACUGGUUUUGAGCAAAUUUCGAGGACUUUCGAUUCGUAGGCGGCGAUGAAACAUCGCGCGAUUCACGCAGGUUCGAGCAACCGGGUUGCCAGGCGAACUUCGUUGACAAAACCGUCACGGGUCACGCAGUCUUCGUUUCUGUUCAAAUAGCUAAAAGCAUACUAACGCAAAAAAAAAUUACUCAAAGGAAAUACAUGUGUAUAUCUUUUGUACUAUUGCAAGUACGGAGUAAAUCAGUUAUGUGCUAUUUGUAUUUCGAUCUCUCGCUGAGCACUGAGGGAGCACUUGCUUUAAAGUUGGUUGCAUUUGGAAAAUAAUCUUGUUCUUUGUAGUGUUAGUUCCAAGGGAGCUAGUGAUUCCUCUACAGGUUGUGGUACAAGGUGUCGCUUGACUGAUUUUGUAUUAUAAAUACUUUUUGUACAUAGCUUAUACACUUUUUUUUUUCAAUUGAAACUUGUAAGCGUGCUAUGACCUGCAGUCAUAUCGGUGUGGUCAAGUUUCUGUAAGCGCGGUUAGGAAUAUAAACUGCGAAAGGAAAACAUUCCUCGCAUAUCUUGUGAAGAAGCGUAACAUAUCGAAUAAAAUCCCGCCCCUCCCAAUGUCUACUUUGAAAUAAAAAAAAAUGAACUUGUGUUGUAA